AGUGCUGACAAAGUGACUCGCUGGGGCGACUGGCCUCUCCUCUCCCCUCAGACGCAGAGAGCAGUGAUGGCGGACGCAGAUUUGGAUUUCCAGACGGGCGAUGCUGGCGCCUCGGCCACCUUCCCCAUGCAGUGCUCCGCGCUGCGCAAGAACGGCUUUGUCGUGCUCAAGGGCCGGCCCUGCAAGAUCGUGGAGAUGAGCACCUCCAAGACUGGCAAGCACGGCCACGCCAAGGUCCACAUGGUCGGGAUUGACAUCUUCAGUGGAAAGAAGCACGAAGACAUCUGCCCUUCAACUCACAACAUGGACGUGCCGAACAUCAAGAGGAACGACUACCAGCUGAUCGGGAUCCAGGACGGGUUCCUCUCUCUGCUUCAGGACAGCGGGGAGGUGCGGGAGGACCUGAGGCUGCCCGAGGGAGAGCUGGGCAAGGAGAUUGAGAGCAAGUAUGAGGCAGGGGAGGAGAUGCUGAUCACUGUUCUGUCCGCUAUGAAUGAGGAGUGUGCUGUCGCUAUCAAAGCCAUGACUAAAUAAACAGCACAGGAGCUCAAAAGAGAAGCGCUGGAUCUCAAACCGAAGACAGCAGUGAGGCUAUGGUUAUCGUUUUCUCGCGGGUUGUCUUGACGUUCGAGCCCCGUGGGAUGAAAUAAUAAAAAUAAAGAAAUUGGCACCUCCCCCCAAAGCCACAACCCAUUAUAUCAAGAAGCUUAUGAAAGCUUGUCGGCCAUUUUGGCUCUUUGUGUUGUGUAGUUAACACACAAUGCCUGCUCUGUGUUUGAGCCUCAGUGGCAGCAGUUUCCUCCCCUCCUCUACCCUACCAACCUCAAACCAAGCUUGAAGAAAACAGAAAAAAAAUCGAUUUUGCCUGCUUUGAAAUCGUUUUUAACCAGCAACGCCAGCUACUGUAACGAAACAAAACACACACGGAUAUACAUGCAGCUCUGGCCAAAAGUUUUGCAUCACCUAGAAUUAUAGGACUGAGACAUCAUAAUAAAUAAUACUAAU